CUAUUAUCUGUGCUAUUAUUAAUUAUGGCUAUUAAAAUUUUUUUGGCUAUGGACCAAUAUUCUGGUAUUAUUGAGCAAAUAAAACCGGCUGUAAAGCCAAAUCAACUACAAUAUCUUCUUGAGAUAGCAAAAGUUGAAAAUUAUACAAAUCUUUAUAUCAACUACGAGAACUUAGAGGAAAUUCCUCGAGAAGUCUUAGAGAUCACUUCAAUCCAAGGGCUUUUUCUGAAGCGUAAUUUAUUAAAAUCAUUGGUAAGACUCAGUUGCAAUGCAUUCUGCAGUUUGGCAUGAUGGUUGCCUUGCAAUGAUGUUUUAUUUUCUUUCGUUAAGCCACCAGAUUUAUGGAAGUUACCAUUACUUAAAACACUGUAAGUACUUUCUUAUACCUAAACAAUAAUAGAGAGGCUCAGAUUUGACUUCCACUACCUAACCUGUCACUGGCUUUAAUAGUAUGCAUCUGAUUGGUGAAUCAGAUAUACCAAACGCAUCUGAUUGGUUAAUCAGACCAAACGCAUCCGAUUGGUUAAUCAGAUAUACCAAAUGCAUCUGAUUGGUUAAUGGUCCCUUAAUGGUAGCAGAAGUCAAAUCUGAACCUCUCUAAUAUUGAUGUCAAUACCAUAUAUACCAUGAAACGAUCAAUACCAUCUUGGUUAAACUGCUUAUAUUAUUCAUAGGUACUUACCAUCAAACCAACUCACCUCACUACCAGAAGGUAUCCAAAUAAUGGUAGUGUUACAUUAUCUAGCCAAGCUAGAGUAUAAUUAAUAAUCUCAGACACUCAAAACACUUCUGCUUAUGUAGCUUAUUUAUUUGUUUAGAAAUUGGGAAAUGUGUGAAUUUGGAGAGGCUAAAUAUUGACAGUAACUGUCUGAAAUUAUUCCCGAAGACAAUUGGAGAAUUAACAAAGUUGAAAACAUUGCAAGCAUCAAGCAAUGAGCUGGAAUUCAUUCCCCCAGGUAGAGUCUAUACGUUGUGGAGGUGAUGAUCAAGUUGAAAAUAUCUUACUGACAGCUUAUCUUUGCUUAGAAAUUGGUCAACUAAAAUCCCUGGAAAUUCUUGAGUUGAUGAACAAUUCCAUACAAUGCCUCCCAGAAGAAUUAUCAAAAUGUACCAAUCUCAGGUCAUUGUUUGUGGAUGGAAACUUGAUUCAAGAAUUACCCAGAAUCCUUCUUACACUUUCUCGUCUACAAGAUUUGUCAUUAAGUAGAAAUUACAUCAGUCAUCUGCCACAUGGUAUGAUCACAGACAGGAUUAAGAUUAGUGUUAGGAUUUAAGGAUAAAGGAUUGUACAUAGGAUUUAGGUUAGGAUUAGAAUGAGGUUAGGCCUAGGAAAGGUUAUGAUUAGAGUAAGGAUUAUGGCUGGGUUUGGUAAGAAUAUUGGCAAGUUUUUUUCAAUCUACUAUUUCAGAAUUGAACAGACUAUGCAAGUUAAAAUCGUUAGUUCUGGAUAACAACAAAGAUUUAACAGUUAUUCCUGCAUCAGUGUUUGGCAUUCCACAUCUUCAAAUUUUAGGAUUACAUGGGUAAGUCACCUAACUGUGGUCACAUGCAUAAAUUGUAAUGUUUUACAGUGAGACUAAUUAUGGUACAAUGCUGUUUUCAAGGUCUGGUUCCAGCAAUGUUGGACAAAGUGUUGUAGAAAUAUUAGCGGAAUAUAGUAACAUUCAAGAAUUUAGGAAGGUGAUGGGCAAUGUAGUAACACUUUUGGAAUUAUGUCUUCGCAAUGCACCUGGUAAGAACAUUUAUAACAAAGUGAAUCAAUUUCCAUGUAACAAUCAUCUCAAUUUAAAUAGAAUCUCACAACCCUAAUCCAGCUUCAACCCUUAACCCUAAUCUAGUAAAUUAUUCUCCUGGAUAGUUGCUGAAACCUUUCUGCUUUCUAGAUACAAAACAACAAGAAUUGCUUCCCAAACCAUUGCAAACAUUACUGAAAACUCCAAAAGGAUGUUGUCACCUAUGCAGCCAGAGAUAUUAUGUAAAUGCAUUUUUUGAAACUUGCGACAGCCUUUACUCACAAGUCCUAACUCUGAUACAGGAUAAACUGUACACUCAGAUUAAAGAUUCUAAUUGUUAUUUUAUAUUUUGUUUUUGUUCUUAUAAUUGUUUUAAAGAAUUUGUAGUAGCUCAGAGUAGAUAGUAGCCAGCAAACAGGCUCUUUGCAUUGAAUUCGAGCCUGUUCAAAUAGAGCCUGUUUGCAGGCAAGUAGAUAGUAGUUUGCAUCAAGUAGUCAUUCAAUUUAUUUAUAUGUAAAUAAAAUCUGUAUAUAAUUAUAUCAAUGUGUUAUUUUAAACAUGUUCAACAUGUCUUGGUGUGUGGUGUUAUUGUGGUUAAAACUAUAAAAAUAUUACUAUAAACUCGUAUAAAAUCUUCUUAUAAAAUAACUUUAAGGUGAUUUUUUCCCUUCCAGUUCCUCCAUAAGUUUCUUAAGUUGUAUAUCAGACCUCCAAUGUAAGUCUGGCAGUAAGUUUGAUCUCAUCAAGAUGAGCACUGCGAAAUGAAAGGGUGCUAAGAAGAGGUCAUUCAUUAUAGUACAAACAAUAAACACAACAUCUCCUUGUCUUUCCAAAAUGACAGGUUGUUCACUUUCAAUCAAGAAAUGUCCGACAGCAAUUUGAAAGCCAAGAACUAGGACAAGCAUGAUGAAAGCUUGCAUAAAUGAUGUUUCCACAUUCAGACCAUGAUAUGCAACCAGGAGAUACAAUACAGAAUAGAUUCCCUGGAGGAAAAACGUUUGAAUUGUCUUUGAAAUACUGGUGCCUUUAAGAAUUCAAUAUUAAUAUGAAAAAGCCACCAAUUAUGUUAUAGAAAAUGCCCAAAAAUCAUAACCCUAUAGCCCUAACCUUAAUCCAAAUCUACAAGUUUCAACAUUUAACAGAUACAUAAAACAUACCCCAAGUUUGAGAUCUUGUGCCAAGCAAAUUGCAAUGUUGAAAAAAAUAAGGAAAAUAUUGACAAUUGUAGGAAAUAAUAUUCCUGCCAUUGAUAAUAAAAACUUUGUUGACAACCAUGCUGUUGCCACGUGAAUAAUAACAUUCC